AUGAAACGAGAGUGUGUAGUUCUUGUAUUAUGUUGUUUGCUGCUCAUCUCGAUAGGUUUUGAAGUCCAUGCGCUAGAUUAUGACUAUAGUUUUUCAGCGGAGUGUUUGAAAACUCCUCUUAAACCUCAAUAUAAUGGAGGGAUCGUGACAAAUCCAGAAUUUAAUGAUGGAUUAAAUGGAUGGGACGUUCAGGGAGUUGCUAAAGUUGAGAACAAUGUUUCAAGCGAUGGAAAUACAUUCAUCGUUGCCUCAGAGAGGAAAGGACCGUAUCAUGGUUUUUCACAAGAGUUUCAAUUGGAUAAAGACAAGUUCUACGUAGUUUCUGGAUGGGUACAAGUGAACCAUGGUGAUGAUGCCACUGUAGCAGUCAUUUUCAAGACACAAAGUGGUUUUCAACAUGCUGCUUGGGCUAAUGCUAAAUCUGGUUGUUGGUCUAUGUUUAAGGGUGGCUUAGUUGUCAAUGCUUCUGCUCUUGCUCAACUCCAUUUUGAGACUAAUAAUACAGCAGUUGACAUAUGGAUAGACAGUAUUUCAGUACAACCAUUUAGCCAAGAAGAGUGGGCGUCUCAUCAAACUCAAACCAUUGAAAAGGUACGCAAAAGCAAAGUGGCAAUUCAAGUAGUGGACUCGCAAGGCAAGGCUUUACCUAAUGCGACAAUCUCUUUGAUACAAGGAAGAGCCAAUUUCCCAUUUGGUUGUGCAAUCAACAAAAACAUUCUUAACAACAACGCUUACCAAAAUUGGUUCUUCUCGAGAUUCAAGUACACAGUAUUUGAGGAUGAAAUGAAAUGGUACAGUACUGAAACAUCUCAAGGCAAAGUAGACUACUCAACUUCUGAUGCAAUGGUCAAUUUAUGCAAGAGGAAAGGUGUCAGUAUUCGAGGCCAUAAUAUACUUUGGGAUGACCCAAAAUUUCAGCCAAAUUGGGUCCCUUCGCUAUCCUCACAACAACUCUCAGUUGCUGCUGGAAGAAGAGUUGGUUCAGUUGUCGCGAAAUACAGAGGCCAAGUCAUUCAUUGGGAUGUUAUGAAUGAAAACCUUCACUUCAAUUUCUUUGAGAGUAAACUCGGUGCAGGUGCAUCUGCUACCUUUUAUCGUUUGGCUGCACAAUUUGAUAAUAAAACACCUCUGUUCUUGAAUGAGUUUAAUACGAUAGAAGAUCAACGCGAUGCAGCUUCAUCACCAGCCAAUUAUCUUAGUAAGAUUAGACAAAUAAGAGCAGGAGGGUAUAAAGGUUCUCUUGGAAUUGGGUUGGAAGGACAUUUUAUUACUCCUAACCAGGCUUAUAUUAGGUCCGCAAUCGAUACACUUGCUUCAGCAAAAUUGCCUAUUUGGAUCACUGAGUUGGACGUCCAAAGCAGUCCAAAUCAGGCGCAAUUCUUGGAUCAAAUUAUAAAAGAGGUAGUUGGACACCCAGCUGUUGAAGGGUUAAUAAUUUGGUCAGCAUGGAAACCAACUGGAUGUUAUAAAAUGUGUUUGACUGAUAACAACUUCAAAAAUCUAGCUACUGGAGAUGUUGUGGACAAAAUUCGCGUGUCAUUAACACAUGAGGAUUUGGUUGGGACUACAAAUGCUGAAGGUUAUUUCGAGACUUCACUUUUCCAUGGAGAUUACAAAGCUAUUGUUACUCAUCCAACAAUGGCGGUUUCGUCCUUUCACCACAAUUUGACAGUGAUGCCAACUACAUCUGAAAGUAGCAGUGAAAGAGUGUUCAGUUACAAAUUCACGGCUGCUUGA